AUGAAGCUGAACCUGUUCGCACUCUCUGCCCUGCUGGCCCUGGCCGCCGCAGCGGACACUACCACCGCGGAAACUUCGACUACCACUGUGAGCGCAGAGGUCCAAUGCGCAAAGAAGUGCGACGCCAAAGACCUGUGCUGCAUCGCCGAGUGCUACAAGGUCCCCUGCCCUAGCGAAAACCAGGCCAACGACACCAACAGCUGCGUCGCCGCUUGCCCCCAGGGCUCCGGUUCGGCCGCGGACACCAAGAAGUACGCCGAUUGCGAGCAGAACUGCUUCAACUCCCACUUCUUCCCCGCCACCGGCGCUGCUGCUGCCACCAACACUGCUUCGUCUGGCUCCUCGGGCACUACUGCCUCCGGCAGCUCUGCCACCGAGACCGGCUCAUCCAGCUCCAAUUCCAACAAGGGUGUCAGCAGCACGAGUGGCUCUGCCACAGGCACCUCCACUGGCGCCGUUCAGUCUACCGGUGCCGCCGCCAACGUCAAGCUGGGUGCCUCCGGCGCUGGGCUGUUUGGCCUGGUGCUCGCUGCCUUUGCUCUGUAA